GCAAUCAGUGUUAUGUUCAGUGGCGUAGCAUGCACCGCACCGCGCGCGCUCCCAACUCAUACUAGUCCUCAGUUUCGAGUAGACUGAAGGCCGUUAAUCAUGGCGGCAGAAAAACCAUAUGACUAUGAUGUAGUCCCUGACGGAGAGGUUCUAGAAGCAGAGAUGGCUAUGAACGGCUCUAUGGAUAAAAGUGGCGGGAAAGGCGACAAGACAGCUGUGACCCUAGAUGACGCCAUGUUGUUAUCGGGUUUCGGCAUGUACAACAUCUUGCACAUGCUGAUGUCAGGCGUCAUCCUGCUGGGCAUGAUCAUGCAGAGCCUUGCGUUAGGCUACAUACUGCCGGCGGCGCAGUGUGACCUGGAGCUCACGCUGCAGCAGAGGGGCUGGCUGUCUGCUAUACCGUUCUUAGCUAUAAUCCUGACAUCGUACUUCUGGGGCUGGCUGGCAGACACGCAGGGCAGGAGACCAGUCAUGCUGUUCUCUAUGAUCAUAUCUGCCGUCUUCUCCGCCUUCGCUAGCUUCGCACCUGAGGUCAUCUCUUUCGGCGUGCUGGUCUUUUUGUCCGCUAUAUUCAUGUCGGGCUCAUCAGCUGUCGUGUACACAUACCUGGGCGAGUUCAACAACCUGCGUCAUCGAGACAAGAUGGUGGCAUUCGGAUCAUCCUUCGUCGGCAUCGGCACGGUCAUACUGCCAUGUGUAUCCUGGCUAAUCCUGCCCCUAGAAUUCGCAUACCCCAUCCCGUUCCUGGGCAUUGAAUACCGUCCGUGGCGUCUGCUGGUGGUGGCCUGUGCCAUCCCCUUCGCGUUGGGCUCCGUGCUGCUCCUGUUCGCGCCCGAGAGCCCCAAGUUCCUGUUCGCGACGGGCGAUUAUGAUGGUGCUUUGGAAGUUGUGAAGAGGAUCUAUUAUAGAAAUACGAAGAUGGAGGUGGACAGUUUUCCUGUGACCUCCCUAAUAAUAGAGAACCAGAUGACGAAGACAUCUAACGUGAAGGGAGCGGCGGCUAUCUGGGCGUCCAUGAAGGAGCAGACGGUGCCGCUGUUCCAGAGGCCGCUGCUGCCCUGGACUGCUCUCACCUGCUUCGUGCAGUUCGGGAUAUUUGCCACAACUAACGGAUUCUACGUAUGGUUCCCGUCCAUCCUCAAUUCUCUGGCGAACCACGAGGGUGGAGAGACCAAGAUCUGUGAUGUACUCGACGCCGGCAGAGAUGCUGUAUCUAAUGGCACUAUAAUCUGCGACGACACAAUCCACACCUCAACCUUCGAGCGCUCCAUCUACAUUGGCCUGGUCUUCUCCUCCAUGUACAUCAUCGUAGGCUUCCUAGUAGACUAUGUGGGCAAGAAGCCGAUCCUCGUGGUGAUCCUGGGCUUCACGGGCAUCAGCGGCAUCUGUGCUCACCUGGCUUAUAACCAGCAGUUAGCGGUGGUGCUGUUUGCCAUCUUCCAGAUGUCUGGAGCCUGUAUUGGGUUGAUGAAUGCUGUGGCUGUUGAGUUGUUCCCUACUAAGUUUAGAGCGAUGGCGAUUUGCCUGUCCAUGAUGAUGGGUCGCGUGGGCUCCAUGGUGGGCUCCAACCUCAUCGGACUGUUCCUCGAAGUCAACUGCGGAGCCGGCUUCUAUCUGUUCGGAUCCAUAAUUAUUGUAAAUUCGCUAUUCUGCCUAACGUUACCGAACAAGAAGAGGAUCCCACAUAAGAAAAUCGUAGUGGAAUCUACCCAAAACGAGACCCACGAACCUGUAUGAACCGGUUCAAACCAGAAACAUGGAACUGGACAGAACUAGUUAAUUCUGUUGCGAAGAAAACGAUAGUUGAAGAUUAAAUACUCCGAAAUAAGUCUUAGGACUUGUUUAUUGGCAAUGGGACCGAGUUCCUUUUCGUUACUGAAAUUAGUUAGGGAAAGCAGGUUUUAUUCAUCGCCAAUAGAUAGGCCUAAGACCCUAUAGUUAAUUGAAGGCUAUUAUACAAAUGAUGAUGAUGAUGAGGGCUACCACGCUUGAUUUUACUUCCAGAAGAAAUGUGUGUUGAAAUUUAAAAAAAAAAACCGUUUAUAUUUAAUUACUUAUGACCAUUGUGCAAUAUGGAUAUGCCGUCUGACCCACAUUUUGUAAAUCUUUAUGCGAUAGUAGCGCCAACUGGUGACCAAUUACGGUAGCCCCAUCAGAUGUGAAUGAAGUGAUCAGAUAUAUUAGUUUAAUUGAUUUUUAUUUGAAGGAAUAUAAUUAUUUAACAACCAAAGAUUGUUGAGUAGUUAUAAGUUAUAACUUUAGUAUUUAAAGAGAUUGUAUACGAUAUUAGAAGUAAGAAAGUGAGAAUGUUCUAAUGCUCACUAGAGUUAAGAACCAAAACACGUUUAAUUAUUACGAAUGUAACUAUCUUUUUUUUUAUUGUUACGUCGUAACAGAUUAUAACUGAUAAAUUAUGACGAAAUGCAAAUAGCAAGCUUGUUGUUCGAAGAUGAAGUCAUACUGCCAUAAUAAAUAUCUUCUGUUAAUUAUUUGUAAGAUUCAAAGCAUUAAAAAUAAAAAAAUUGAUAAUAAAAUA